AUGUCAGAAGAUCCGCACAUUGACGACCAGGAGCCGGUGUAUAUUGCAGUUUGUGAAGCGGAUCUUGCAAAAUCGCCCCGAGAGCUUUAUAAAAGUAUUAAGGAGGUUUCAAAGUUUGUUAACUCACCAGAAGGCAAAAGUUAUGGGGCGAGAUUCAAGAAAUUUGGAACACCAAGGGAGGCUCUCAAUUUUCUUGAUUCCGGACUCUCACUGACACCAAAACGAUCAGAAAAUGCACCGGCGACGCCGAUCAAUGAGCCAACGAGCCCGUUUUCGAGUGUGACGCGAUAUCAAUUGACCGAAUUCAAGAAAUACGUCGAUAAAGGCGAUAUGGAUGGGUUUUUGAGGCUUGUGGAGUCGAAUCCAAGAUAUUUGGUGAACACUGGAGGGGACGUCGCAUCGAUUUUAAUGGAAGGAUUCCGCUACAACGCUCUUCACAUCGCCGCAAAAUCGGGUCAGGCGAAAAUCGUGCGAAAAUUGCUCGAUCUGAUUCAUGACACAGAAUUCCUGACAAGAUUGUAUGGCACAGGCGUCGAAGAUGUCCUUCUACGGCAGACCAAUCUGCUCUACUCUUAUUUAAAUACUCCCGAUAAGGGAAAAGGAGAUACCCCCCUGCAUUUUGCGGCGAAUUUUGGCAAAGUUGAAGUGGUCCGAGAGCUGGUCAAAGAGGCGGCACUGAAUCGAGAUUUGAGGAAUAAUGAUGGCAAAACUGCUCUGGACUUAAAAUGUUUGAGAUACAAUGAGCCGGAUAUUAAAGAUGUUCAGAAGGAAAUUGAGCUCGCGAUCACGGGAUUUUAUGUUAUUUUGAGCCGAAACUCGGAUGAUAGUGCAAUUAUCGUCGUCACUAGAAAUGUUUCAACAAAUUUGCGGGUUUGUGCGGUUGCCGGACCGUUUUCAUCAGAGAAGGAGGCUGAGGAAUUCCGGACGAAGUGGAUGGUGGUUGGAAAGGAGCUGAAACGGUCCGAUUUUGAAAAGGGGUAUGAGCGAGUUGGACGAAUUCUCAGCGAGGAGUCAAAAGUCGGCUGGCGGGAAUCUUGGCGAUUCCUCGAUGAUCCGAAUUUGAUUGAUUUGACGAAUGAGGGAGAUCUAAUGAAAAUUGACGAAUUUCUGGCAAAACGACGUCGGCAGGAUGUGGCGGAUUCGACGAUAAAUAAUGCAACUGAGCGUCAUCAUAUUGGAGAUUUUCGGCGAAAUCAGGCACCGAUUGCAAGGAUUCUCAAUUUCGAUGAGCUUGAUGGCAAAGGCGAUGAAGAUGCUCCAGAAUCUGGUACGGCAUAUUCAGAAGGCGAUGACGACAUUUUCUAUGAUACUUUGACAUUUCCUGAAGGCGAAGAUGCGGAUGAUUCUUUGUUAGGACUUGCUGAAAAGUUUGCCGGAUUGUCGGUGAUGUCGCCGCCUCGUCGGCAAAAUGAAGUUGAGGAGGAGGAGGAGGAAGAUUCGUUUGAAACCCCUCCGUCCACCCCGCCACCCGUUUUUGUAAUGGAUGAGGAGCCUUGUAAGAUUGACAAUGACUUGUAUGAGGUUCUCUCGAAAAUUCCCGUCGAAACCCUUUCGAAAUUCCCGAUGAUUGCUCAAUACGUGAAAAAAGUCGGAAAAUUGGACGAUUCGGUUCGAUGUAAAUGGCCUGGAAUCGAUUCGCCAUAUCGGUCCAAAUUUCGCAAACGAUUAUGA